AAGUCUUUAUAUUUCCAGUGGCCUUAUUUGUCUGCCACGUCUGUGACUGCUAUUAUUAGUGGUGUGUGAGAACUGAGUCCCCAGUCAUGUUAUGGAGCCCUGGUGCGUGUAGCUCAGUGAAGUCAGUCUCAGUGCAGUUUGUGUUUGCUGUGUUUUUCUGAGGUUUCUCUUGUUCCAUCUGUACUACAGAUCUUACGGUGUCAUUUUGCACCACUGUUGUUGUAGUGUUGGCUCUUAUACAUGCUGCAGCCUUUUGUGGCAGGUUAGAGGACUGUGAUGGUGCUUGGAAGAGUAUACGGAGCCCUCUGUCCAUGAGGAUCUGGUCUGGGAGAAUUUAUACCCGUAUCUCAAUGCAUACAAGGCAAGUUAGUGUUCAGUGCCUGUUUGUACAACUUUCUUGGUAUUAUGUCACUAGUAAACUGACUGUUUUAAUUCUGCUGGUGACUUCAAUUCCUGUUUUGUCUAUUUCUUCAGAAUACUUGGACAGGUAUAGACAACUAACAGUAAAGACUGGUGCCCAAUGGCAGCCAUGGAGUCUCUGGAAUGUGAAACUCUGGUUUCUGUUUGAUUCUUGGGCUGAUACUGCUGAAGUUCUUUUAAACCAUUUGAGUGUUUUCCGUUGUCAUUCCAGCCCAAUACAGGGGUUUUCUGAAAUUAUUUUUUGUGUGUGGCAUUCCUUUUGCAUUAAUGAUCUCAUUGUCUUGGAAAUUUUUAUUUUGCCCGUUACAAGCAGAUGUUUAUUUUGUAUGACUGACCAGGAUUGUUCCAGUCUCUGGUCAAGGUGGUUUCUGUAUUGUGGUUCCCAUUUGCUGCCAUAAAUUCCAUCUUUGUGAGCUCACGACUUAAAGUUUCUGUUCACACUGGUCACAGAGAUGUAUUCUGUGGUAAUUUCUGAUCCUAUGCUUUUGGGUCAUUGAGCAACUAUCCUGUGAAAGAGAUAGUUGGUCUUAGAUUCAUAUUUGGGUGAAAUAAGACAACUUGUGUUGUUCUUAAAAGCCCAUGGUGUAAUUUUUCACUUUAAACCAUUAUUCAACUCUGUCCCAUCCUGGAAUAAGCAUUAUUAGCAUUGUGCGAAUUUGUGAAUUAAAACUGUGUGUCCCAAGCAACAAAAAAGCUUUCCUGUUAACAGUCAUGAUAUGAAUAAAUAUCCUUACGGGCCAGUUUGGUAUGAUACUUGACAUCACCAAUGGAAGAUUGUUAUUUUCUUUUCCCUUUUACUACUUUUUCCAGAUGACACCUACUAAACGUGAAUUUUUUAUUUCACCUAUUUAUUUCUUUAGUUUUUCAAUAGCUCAUUAUCCAUAAAACCUAGAUCUACUGGCAACUGAGGUGUCUUCCAUUAUUUUGUAAAGAUUCCACAUUGCAUAGAUGUUACUAGAGAGCUUUAGCAUCUUUAUGGUUUGAAAAUGGUAUGCCUUUUGUGUGAACACUAUUUCUUUGUCAAAGAUUAAAUUAAACCAAAAUAGUCAGAUGGAAUUUUUCAUUUGGAAUGAGAGAAUGCUACCUUUGAACAUAUUUAUUUUGUUAAAAAUGUUUCAUUAUUUAGUCUCAAGGUCUAUGGGAACAUUGAACAAGAGGGAUGGUGUCACUGUUACAGCACACAAUUCCCAAGUAUCCAGCGCUGUGGACCUUCUGUCAGUAAAGCGAUGAACCUAGUCAUUUUAAAACUUCUCUACAUCAAGUCCUCUUCUGCAUGUGGUCCAGCUGAAUACAGAAUAGAUGAUGAAUGUUGUCCGAUGUGUUCACCAGGACAACGGGUCUAUAAACAUUGUACAGAAUAUACAAGUACUUCCUGUGUUCCCUGUAUUGGCCCCACCUACCUUGAUGAACCCAAUGGUCUCCCAGUAUGUAAACCAUGUACACACUGUGACCCAGGCUUUGGUUUGAUGGUAAAACAUCCAUGUAGACCUUCAUCAGACACUGUCUGUGAGCCACUGGAGGGGUUCUACUGUACAGAACCAACUAAGGAUGGUUGUAAAGCAGCCCAGAGACACAGCAGAUGUGAACCUGGUCAAUACAUCAGACAGAAAGGAAGUCCAUCUACAGACACUGUGUGUACUAACUGUACUGGUGACACCUAUUCAGAUGGAUCAUUUACAUCCUGUCAACCACACACACAAUGUGACACCUUGAAACGUCUGCAAAUUAAACCUGGAACUCACUGGUCCGACUCUGAAUGUGGACCACAAACCUCCCCUCCUAUAGGUUUAAUUCUACUUGUACUUCUUGGGCCACUGGCUUUGGCAGUUGUGAUUGCUGUAAUUAUAUGUGUCAGAAAAAGAAUACAUUCUAAAUCAGCACUGUACAGAUCCGUGUCUGGACGUCACUGGAGACCUGCUGCAUUCAGGCCUGCUUCAAAUCUUCCAACAUUAUCCCAGUUCCCAAGAAGUCAAGGAUCAAAGGACCUAAUUACUACAGAUCGUCAGAUCGUCAUUUGAGCGCCUUGUGUUGUCCCACCUCAAGACCAUCACUGACCCUCUUCUAGACCCACUGCAGUUUGUCUACAGAGCCAACAGGGCUGUGGAUGAUGUGGUCAACGUGGCUCGUCACUUCAUCCUCCAGCAUCUGGACUCCCCUGGAACCUGGAAGCACUUGUCUGACCCCCUGAUCAUCAGCACCGGCUCCCCUCAAGGCUGUGUCCU